AUUUACGACUGGUCAACAAAAGCACGUGAUUUCCAAACGCACCCACACCCCCAUAUUUGGCCGCAUACAUAGCAAAAACGAAGUACAGUGCAUUGCUAUAAUUCAUUAAUACAUCAUAAAUCGUAAGGCACGGGGGUGAUCCACAAAUCAAGGCUCCAAAAAAAAAUCACCCAAAUGAGUUCCUACUUUGUGAACUCGUUCUCAGGGCGCUAUUCUAAUGGCCCCGACUACCAUGUGUUAAAUUAUGGCACUGGCGGCAGCAAUGUGAACGGAUCUUACAGGGAGACAGGCAGCAUGCAUUCCACCUCUUAUGGUUACAACUACAAUGGCAUGGACCUGAGCGUCAGCCGGGGAGCCGCUUCCAGCAACCACUAUGCGGACAGCUCAGGAGGCUUCCCAGCCCAAGACAGCAGGUUCACAGGCGCCUCCAGCUGCCCCCUCUCCUCCCCUGAGUCCCAGAGCCACGGGGGAAAGAGCGAGCAGGUCCCCUCCGACCCGGCCACGUCCAGGAGCAGCCACUUCACAGAGGUGGAGGAGACCAGUGCAUCCUCAGAGCCAGAAGACAGCACCCCAAGAAGCAGCACGUCCAGGGCGCAGCCGGAGAGCAGCCCCCAAGGAGCACCCAGCACAGACGGACAGACCCCACAAAUAUUCCCCUGGAUGAGGAAACUGCACAUCAAUCACGAUUUGGCAGGUCCUGAUGGGAAGCGGGCGAGGACAGCCUACACCCGUUACCAGACGCUGGAGCUGGAGAAAGAAUUCCAUUUUAAUAGGUACCUGACCCGCAGGAGAAGGAUUGAGAUAGCCCACACCUUGUGCCUGUCCGAGCGCCAGAUCAAGAUCUGGUUCCAGAAUCGAAGGAUGAAAUGGAAAAAAGAUAAUAAAAUGAAGAGCAUGAGCUUGGCCACAGCUGGGAGUGCCUUCCAGCCCUGAGAGUGGACACCAUGCCCAGGACUCAGCUCCCAAUCCGGGACACCUUUCUUUUUUUGUGUGGCACUUGCUGUGGGGCACCUCUUGGCAUGUCGAGUGUAUAAGGACGCAUUGGUGGCUCCUGCCCAGGAUGACACCCCAUCUCCUCAUCAUUUCUAGCUGUGUUCAGUGCUCUCAGUCGCAGUGAAGUCCUAUAUGUUUGUGACUGUAAAAUCCUGCUGCUUUUUAUGGACUACAUAGCAUGUUGAUCCGAGCUCUUAAAUGUUCUAACUUAUUUAUAACUGAUAAUAAUGAAAACAGG